CCGAACGUCUCCCAACUGCUCCCAACGUGACGGACAUAGAUUGUAUGCACAGACAGUCACGUAUUAUCCUUACUACGCACAGUAUAUUACAUGACACUACGCGCAUUACUUGCAUUAUUUUAAUCAAUCUCGUAUUGAAUUGCAUAGUACAUUCCAGUAUCAAUUAUAAUGUCUAAUAUUGCUAUUUUUGGUGCCACCGGCAUGACCGGCUUAUGUGCCCUAAAGGCAGCUGUAGAAAAAGGCUUAACUGUCCGUGCAUUUGUCAGAGAUCCGGCAAAAGUUCCUGAUAACCUGAGAUCACGCGUGGAAAUCGUCGUGGGUAAUGUUUUAAACGAUGCGGACGUGCUUAAAGCCGUCGAGGGAAUGGACGCGGUUGCUGUCGUUCUCGGGACAAACAACGACUUGAAAGCGACGACUGAUUUGAGUGUAGGCAUGCAGAACAUUGUCAAUGCCAUGAAGCACCACAAUGUUCCUGUUGUAUCUGUUUGUUUGUCUGCUUUCCUCUUCUAUGAUGUCGACAAAGUUCCGCCGGUAUUCAAAGAGUUGAAUGCUGAUCAUCAGCGCGAGUUUGAUAUUGCCAAAGGGUCUGGUUUGAAAUACAUUUGCGUGUUACCGCCGCACAUUGCAGACCAACCAAAAUCUGGCUACAUAAUCGAAUUUGAUAAGUCACCAGGCAGAGUUGUAAGUAAAUAUGACCUUGGUGAAUUCCUGAUUGAUAGCUUGUCCAAACCAGAGUAUUAUGAAAAAGUGUGUGGCAUUAUGAGUAAAAAUUAAUUGUUUUUGUAUAAUAUAUCGGCAAAUCUGCAUUUUUAGUGUAUGCAAAUUUUAUUAACUUUAAAAUAAAAGUAAAUUUGUAUUAAAACAA